AAAAGGGCCCUUGGUGAAUUGUAGCGAAUUAGCGACUACUUGAAGCCGCCUGCCUGUGCUUUCUUUCUUUUGUGAGUCGAUACUGUGGUCUGUCAUCUGUGACUGAGAGAGGGGAUUAUCGGCAAUGGCUCUUCGAUUUCUGAGCAGGAAAAACCUAAAGCCAACCAUUUCUGGAGCGUUUGGUUCUGGACAUUUUCGCGGUUUGCAGACCGUUUCCUUGCCUGGCCUCCCUUAUGACUAUGGCGCUCUUGAGCCCGUCAUCAACGCUGAAAUUAUGCAGCUUCAUCAUCAGAAGCAUCAUCAAGCCUAUAUCACCAACUACAACAAGGCUCUUGAGCUGCUUCACGACGCCAUUAACAAAGGCGACACCACUUCCGUUGUCAAAUUGCAGAGUGCCAUCAAAUUCAAUGGCGGAGGUCACAUUAAUCAUUCGAUUUUCUGGAACAAUCUCGCCCCCAUUCAUGAAGGGGGUGGUGAGCCUCCAAAGGGAUCUCUAGGAUGGGCGAUCGAUACUCAGUUCGGUUCUCUUGAAGCCUUGAUUCAGAGAGUCAACGCAGAAGGUGCUGCUUUACAGGGCUCUGGAUGGGUGUGGCUUGCUCUGGAUAAAGAACUGAAGAAGCUAUCAAUUGAAACCACGGCCAAUCAGGAUCCUCUUGUGACCAAAGGAUCUGCUUUAGUUCCUCUGCUUGGGAUAGAUGUCUGGGAGCAUGCGUAUUAUCUGCAGUACAAAAAUGUCAGACCAGACUAUCUGAAGAACAUAUGGAAGGUUAUAAAUUGGAAAUAUGCUGGUGAGGUGUUCGCAAAAGAAGCUCCUCUAGUUGAGAGUCGUUAAGAGUCUCUUGGGUCCAUUUGUCUAAUCUUGUGGAAGCUGUGUUCUGGUGAAUAUUGACUAAUGAGCAUCAGUGUAUGCAUGGACCUCAAAGCCUUGUAAUGAGAUGAAAUGUAUCUUUGUUCAAAGUACUUUCUUUGGCCAGAACAAUGAAUGCAUAAAGCCAGGAUGGUUUCUUUUUCCCAAGUA